AUGGUUAUGAGCGGUUAUGUACCUAAAGAUGUGAUGAGUGUAUUCAGAGGUGUGACGUGCAUAAUGCGUGAUCCCGGAGAUCAACCUUUAACCUUUGACGUUGGUGCAACCAUAUAUAUAGUGAUGUCAAUCUUAAGGCAAUCCCAACCAAUGAAAAAGCUUUUGAUUAUAGGCACUAUGCCUAUUAUCCUCGACAUGAAUGCAGAUUCUUCUUCUGAUUCGGAAGAAGAAGAAAUUGGAGAAACAGAAGAAACGACACAAAAGCCUAUUACAUGUUUAAUAUCUCAUGAUGAAUGUUAUGUUGCUCCUCAGCUCUUGAACGAGCUUUAUGUUGAGAUCUUUGCACGUGUUCCGUGCUCUGAGUAUUGGAAACUACAAUUUCUCAACAAACGGUUUUCACAAUUGCUAAAAAGCAGUGAGAUUUUCAGGAUGAGGCAAAAGCUCGGAUUAGUGAAACCAUAUCUAUUUUUGCUAUCAAGUGGUGCUAAUCGUUGGACUAUGUUUGAUAAGGACUUCGAAAGUUUCCUGAAACUUCCGAAACUCUCUUCUAACAUUUGUUUCUUCAAUGGUGAUAAGGAAGUUACUAGUGUGGGUACGCAACUAAUCGUCAUUGGGAAGGAGGUUGAGGGCAUUACAGUGUGGCGGUUCGAGCUAGAGAUGCAAAAAUGGGUCAAAGGUCCUGCAAUGAUCACACCACGGGUCAUGUUUGGUUCUGCGAGCCAUGGGACAAAUGCAUUUUUUGCUGGAGGAGUUAAGAUAGAUAAAAACAGUUACGAAGUUGUGAGCAUAGCAGAGAAGUACAAUGCCGAAACAAAAACCUGGACAGCGAUUCAUGCCAUGCAUAAGCGAAGGAAGUUAUGUUCAGGAUUUUUCUUACGUGGUAAGUUUUAUGUUCUCGGCGGUCAGAAUGAAAACGAUGAAUACCUAACUUGUGCAGAAAGUUACAACGAGGUAACAGAUUCUUGGGAGCUGAUUCCAAACAUGCUUAAAGAUAUGCCUGUCUUGUUUUCCCAAGCGCCGCCGCGUAUCGCAGUGGUCAAUGAUAACCUCUAUUUGCUAGAAACAUCUUUGAACGAGCUCCAUGUUUAUGAUGUAAAUGCAAACGCUUGGAAGAAACUUGGAGUUGUACCUGUGGGAGCACAUUUCACCAGAGGUUGGGGCGUUGCGUUUAAGUCGGUUGGAGAUGAACUUUUGGUGAUCGGAGCUUCGUCUGCUCGACCUCAGUCUCAGUCAAUGACGGUUUACAAAUGUCGCCCGGAUGUGGAAGAGAUUGUUUGGGAGGAGUGUAAGCGUUGUUGCCGUGGCGUUCGUCUUAACCAUUUUAUUCUGAACUGUUGUGUGAUGCUUGCUUAA